GCGUAAGCGGUUAAGUACUGCUUCAUAUAAGUUCGUGACAGGUGGUUUACGAUAACGAUAUUUGUAGCAAAACUAGAUAAUGGAUUUACGUCACAUUAUGGUUGUGGUGUUACUAGGUAUGAACGUGAUGCUACAAGGGAACGCAAUUCAACAGAGCGACGAAAACAGUCUUUUCGCUUUUGAGAUGAUAGAGAACAUCGUUGACAUAGAAGAGCAAACCGAACGAUUGCAUCCGGACUCGAAGGACCAGGGUCCAACAAAUUCGAGUGUUUCAGUGAGGAAACAAGCGCUCCCUAAUUCGUCAUGGAGCAGAUAUUCUUGCUGCAGACGAGAAGUUAAUUUCCAAAUCAAAGAACGUCGUAUUUCAAGAAGGUCAAGGGAAAUUAAGACUGGAUCAUGUAACUGGAAUUAUUGUCCAACUUGUGUUGACAGUUCAAGUGAAUGCCAAACACACAGUUUGGAUAAAUGCUCUCAAACUUCUCCAUGGUUUACGUUCAUGGCAGUAAGAUGUCCACGAAGAUGUUCAAUUUGUCGCAGACCGCAAGUUUCAUCCACAAGUACCACAGUGAACACCAACCUGGUUUGGAUACGAAAAUAUUACCGAAGCUCCAACCCACGCUUGUACAUGUUCGCUGACACCAGCCUAUCUAUAAGAAACACUGAUUGGAGACUUUUAACUUCGGAACAAAGAAUAUAUUUGUAUCGCAGGCCUAAUGGUCAGUAUAGAACAGGAAUCUACUUUUGCAAAACUCGGCAUACCGGUCGAUAUUACAAGUGGAUGGUUAGAAGACAACCAUGUAGACCAGGUUGGACAUUGGACUUCAAGUAUUACGCUGCAUCAAGAACCCAACAAAAUUCGCAAACAAUAUACGUUGGUACAUUAGGAAGGCCGCCAUGGUCCUCUAAUAUAUCACCAUCUGAUGUGAGACGGACAUCAUAUUCUCGUGCUUUCUUUAGAGCAUAUGCACCAACCAAUAAUUUAAUUCAAGAACAACCAGCCCCACAAAGAGACGCACCACGCACUCAGUUCCAAAGGGAAUGUCUUGCAAGUCAUAAUUAUUUUAGAUCAAUACAUGGCUCCCCACCAUUAGAAUGGGAUUGGCAACUACAGAGAACAGCACAAACGUGGGCAAAUGUUUUGAUGAGUAUUUCACCCAGGGGACCAAGGAAACCAAACCGACAUCAUCACAUUUAUAAAACAGCAGUGCAGUGGCCACAUUCUAAUCAAGGAUCAAGGUAUCGGCACAGAAGGGUUGGAGAAAAUAUUAUUUCUAUGGUUGACCGAGCCCCACUGUCCGGUAACGUUUCAUCUCUACAUUUCUACAUGGAGCAGUUUGAUUAUAACAAGUCUCAUCCACGAACCAGCGUGUCGGGACGACCUGUUGGCCAUUACACAAUGAUGAUUUGGAAAGACAUAACUCAUAUAGGGUGUUCGUAUGCGUUACGUACAUUACAUUCACCUGGGUUCGGCAACUAUGUUGUCAUGUAUGUUGUAAUACAUUAUGGACCUGGUGGGAAUGUAGCAUCGAGUGAAGAGGAAGUAUUAAGUACAUACAAUGAACAAGUACCCGAUCCGCAUACAGGCACUUGUAGAAGUCCUUCCACGUGUGAUGUAUACGACACUUGCAUGGGAUUCAAUGAACGUAUGACGUGUUCAUGUCAACGCAACGCAACAAACUCAUAUGGUCGGCCAAUAUGUAGGGGCAGAGGUGGCUGCAUGGUCAGGUGUAAGAAGCCAACAAAUUGGUUGCAUGAAAACUGGAGGUUUUUAUGCAGAGGGGAACAACAGUGUGAAUGUAACAUGAACAUUAGGAAUGGAAAAGCUGGAGCUUUCUGUCAAUGAUAUAUCACUAAUUCAAUAUAUAGUAGGGUGGGGGAAGAUACGCCACCUUUCACUCUAUUUUCUCGUCCCAUUUAAUAGUAAACAUAGAACAUUCAAGGAAUUAUAAAACCGUAUCUUCACGACUUCCACAAACCAUUGUUAAUUGUUUAAAAUACUAUCAGGAUAUUUGGAUAUUAUGUGAUAAAAGUGUCCCAUCUUCCCCCAUCCUACUAAACAUUAAAGAGUAUUGUCAUUGAAAAAUUAUCUUAAUUUCAUUUUAUUGCUUCUGCUAACUCUAGUCCUUUCUUUAAUUUUGGGUAAAAUGUAAUGAUAUACGGUUUUAUAAAUAAACAAAUGUUUGCGAUUUAUAAGAAAACAUAUUAUAAGUUAACCCAUGCCUUAAUACUGUGGGUGUUUCUCUUUAACCCCAACAAGAUGUUUAAAGAAGUUUUUAAAGUCAAUAAAACAGCUUGGGCACCU